AUGACGAACCACCUCGACCCUAUUGGAUGCCCUGAUAAUCCAGGAGCUCCUCCUCACGACAACGCUCUGACUUUGAUGGAAAAUCUGUUGCAAGGCAGACCGGAGGAACAGGUCGCUGAUGAAUGCCUCCGCGAUCCUGCUGGAUCUUUAAUGCGGCGUCUGUCCACCAGCACGUGGGCAAGUGAACUCGAUUACUCUCAAGAUUCCACUGCAGCCAGCGGUGCACCUGCAGGCACGUCGGGCCUACCACCACCUCUGGAUAUGGGGGUUAGGGUCAAUCAAGUUUCCUUGGGAGAUAUUGGUUUCUACGGGAUCCCACUCUCGGGGUUAGACCUCUGGACUACGGAUCAGUUCGCAAAUUCUGGGGUGGGACUAGCUGGCGUCGAUGCGCUGUCUCAGUCGAAUGGGGCCGCCCAGCUGGAUGCGGGCACUAGGGAACUUCCUAAUAAUUUGUCGUACUUUCUUUCUAGAGAGGCAGCGCCGGAGCCCGUGGCGGCAGGUGUACAAGUUCCACCGGGGUCGUCUCCUGAUGUAUCUGCGCUGCAACAGGCUGAGCCCUUGGUAACUACUCCGUGCGACUGUAGCGAGAGGGAAUCGCGGCGACACCGUGGCAGCAGUCAUCCGCUUCACGCGGUCUUCCAAAAGCAAUCCUCAGAGCAGUCGUUGCGUAAGCGCAUACGCAUCCCAGAGCCGGGGCCCAACGCUGAUCCGGCCGAGAGCGCUGAUUAUAUGUGUGGGCCGCCGAAGGUCGGAAGCAUCGCAAAUACCGCAGAAGAACGACAGGAAACCGAGCAGCCUUAUGCGCUGUUACCCUUUGAUCCAGCCAGGGCGUUCGAGACUCUAUCGCUGGAGCAACCCUGUAUUCGAUACCAGCGUUUUUAUGACCAGCUAGGUCGGGCAGGCGGCCGGCGUGACGAUCAGGAGGCAUUGCCUUAUCACGACCCAGCCCCGUUGGUGGAUGUGAAAUAUGAGACCGUGAACCUUGGAGAAUAUGACAUGUGUGAGGUUGUCGUGAGCUGGCACUUGCCACGCUUGACGGCGUCACCGGAUCGGCCAGCAGAUGCUGUUCCCAUACGGCGGGUGUUCGGAAUCAACGCGGGCAUGACACUUUUCAACCUCCAUCGGAUCAUAUGCAUCUCGAUGGGGCUUUCAGACGACUCACAGGCGUCCGCUUUCAACCAUGUUUGGGUUCUGCCGAGUAAUAACACAUACGGAGGAGGACCCCUGACAAAGUCUCGCGCUAGCAGAGUCGCUCGUGUAAAGGUCACAACGGACCGGGCUGUUGAGUACAGGCACAGCAUCACGGUGUCGCUCGACAGUAGCUCCCGGGUGGUUGCGACGCCGGAAUCAGUUCUCCUUUACGUCCUGGGAUGCGUCCAGCUUCACGUGCAGCUCGCCGGAGUCAUGAGGAACAGGACAAAGCAGAAUUCACUCAUAUGGGUCCCCCGCUGCAUCGCCAAUGGAACGUAUGGCACGGGGCCACCUUCUGGAACAGACUGGAAUAGCUCCGCAGAGAUCUGCAACCAUAUCCCUUCUUUUCAGGUCGAUGUGCAUAAAAUAAACACGCAGUUUAUUGACACUCGGUUCUCAAAAAAUACGUCAUUUUCAAGACGUACGAAGAUGAUCCGCGCGGAGGGGAUCGAUGAAGAUAUUCUGCGGUGCUAUAGCGAGUCCAUUCACGACUUCUGGCAGGAUCCAGAGCGGGUUCGGGACCUUUCUGUGCGAGUGACACGCCAGUCGAUGAGUGGCACGAAACGCAGGUGUCUGGAAAGCCGCAGAUCGCAAAGAAGCCUCGAGCACGAGGAAUACUGCGAAGAUGGCUCACACGCGCAGGAGCACGCGACUCCUUCUGCCGAGCUCUUGGCGUGGGCACAUGCCUGCGAGCCUGCAGUGGCAGCUGACCAGCCGGCGCUUGGGUCUCUUGCCUGGCACGACUCGCCCGCGCCAUUUCAGCCUUUCGUAUCUUUUCCGAGUUUCGACGUGGCUCACUACGCGGAUCUCCAAGGCGAUCCAUCAACGUUUCUCGGCAUCUCCUCAUGCCCCAGUCCUUUCGUUUCGCUGCCCUUUCCGUUCCCGUUCAGUAGCGAUACCAUCCCCUCGUCUCCUCCGUCGCCUUCCACAGUAGCGCCCCUAGCUCAGACGUGCGUGCCCCACGAGAAUCUGAAGGAGGAAUCUGGAGCUGCACACGCUGUCAAACCUUCUGAGGACUCCAGCAGCAUCUGCGCGGUGGCCGAACCCCCGAACGCGGGUGUCUCAGCGAACGUAGAGAGGGCCGGUGCGAGUCACGGUGUGCGGCGGAAUCGCCGGGCUACGAAGAAGACUGCGCAAGGCAACACCGCCAACGACGCUCAGGCUCCGGCGGAGACUCCGGACCCCGACCUCACACCUGCCUUGGACGCUGCCGCGCUCUCCCUUCCCCAACCUUCCAGUCUCGGUGCAUCUCACACACAAGACGGCGCCCUUUCAAAAACUCUGUGUGAGACGCGCACAGCGUGGGGCAGCGACCCUUCUCCAGAAGGGUCCUGCUGCUCGACUGAUCCGGGUGACCGCGAUGUCGCGGAUAUUCACUUGCUAACAGGUUCACUUCAGGAAGACUCCAAGGGAGUCUCCUUCUCAUGUCUUCCAGGCUUCGCCGAAUCCGGGGACUCAAGCCAGCUCACAGGUGAUCAAGGUGUCGCCGCCGCUGACCGGCCUUCGAUCCCGCAACUUUGGAGCACUGUCCAAUUUGUCUUGAGAGAUGAUGGGAGCAAAACACUAGAACCGAAGAACCCAGAGGUUCGGACUGCAUGCUAA